AUGGCGUUCAAAAAAAUUGAUAUCGACUCGGUCCUCGACCAAUUGACCUUACAAGAGAAAAUCAGUCUUGUGAGCGGACGUGAUUCAUGGCACACUUUUCCCGUGCAUCGCCUUGGAAUACCAUCAUUAAGAAUUUCUGAUGGCCCCAAUGGAGUUAGAGGCACAAAAUUUUUUAAUUCGGUUCCUACAGCUUGUAUCCCCACUGGCACUGCUAUCGCAUGCUGCUGGAACACUGAGUUGAUGUACGAUAUUGGCAAAAUGAUGGGCGAACAGUGCCGUGCUAAGGGCUCCCACGUCCUUAUGGGCCCUAAUAUUAACAUGAUGCGGAAUCCGUUGUGUGGGCGGAGCUUUGAGUGCCUCGGAGAGGAUCCCAUUUUGUCGGGAUUAUUGGCUCUGGCUUAUUGCCAGGGCGUUCACAAAACGGACGUCAUGGUAUGUCCAAAGCACUUGGUCUGUAAUGACAAAGAGGACUUUCGUAUGACAAUGAACGUUCUGGUUUCUGAGAGAGCUCUUCGGGAAAUCUACUUGAUGCCAUUCAUGCUCGUCCAGAAACACGCCAAACCUGAAAUGUACAUGACAGCAUACAAUCGCUUGAACGGGUCCCACUGCAGUGAAAACGCCCAUCUUUUGAAAGACAUUGUAAGGGGGGAGUGGGGCUUCGAAGGGUGUUUUGUGUCAGACUGGUUCGGGACUGUUUCCUGUGCUGAUAGCAUCAAUGCCGGCUUGGAUCUUGAGAUGCCUGGUCCUUCUAUUUGGAGAGGUAAGCUUUUGGAAAUGUCUCUUUUCCAUGACACCGUGACUCAAAAGUCUUUGGACGAUGCGGUAAGAGGAGUUUUAUACUUGGUGAAUAAGGCUGCUGAGACUGGGAUACCAGAGGACGCUUUUGAAGGUAUGAAGGAUGACGAUAACACCACUAGAUUGGUGCUUCAAGCUGCCAGGGAGUCUAUUGUGUUAAUGAAAAAUACUAAAAAGGCUCUCCCUUUGCAAAAGAACAAGAAAGUCUUGGUCAUUGGGGAAGCUGCCAAGAAGGCCAACUUUGCUUCAGGAGGCUGCACCAACGUCAAACCUUAUCGCCAGAUUUCAUUGUACGAGUCGCUAGUGGAUCGCCUUGGAGACAAAAAUGUCAGCUGGUGUUUGGGCGCUUCGAACAGAAAACUGCUUCCUUCAUUUUCUCUUCUUGCUAAAAGCAGAGCAAUUUCUCCUAUUCAGUUUUGUGUCUAUGACGAUCCACGGUCUGUAACUGAUCGUAAACCCAUUACUGAAGAAAUGGUGGGCGAGAUUGAUGCUAUGCUUGGAGACUUUGAUCCUGCAAAGCUCAGGGACAUUGAUCAGUUGUAUGCUAAUUUUCAGGUGAUGAUAGCUGUUCCGGAAUCUGGUUCAUACAAGGUUAACUUGAAGGUUUCAGGUCUUGCCAGAGUCUAUAUUGAUGGCGCUUUGAAAAUGGUUAACGAUCUUGAACACAAAACUAGUGGAGCAUUUGGUUUAGAUGCACCUGAGAUUAUGGAGGAGAUACACCUUGAUGCUGGAAGAGACUAUGUUUUCGAAGUGGACUUUGAAAGCACCAUAGGUAAGUCUUCGUUUAUCACUGGUUACGGAUGCGUUACAUGUGGCAUUGAAAAGGCCAUUUCUCCAGAAGAAAGCAUCAAAGAGGCAGCCACAUUGGCAAAACAGUUUGACCAAGUCAUUGUCAUAACAGGGCUUAACAAGGACUACGAAUGUGAAGGUUUUGAUAGGAAGAACAUGGAUCUUCCUCCAUACCAGGAUAUGCUUAUCGAGUCUGUAUUGUCAGUCAAGCCUGAUGCGGUGGUGGUAAUUGAAAGCGGGACACCGGUUACACUUCCCUGGGUGGACAAUUGCAGUACGCUUUUGCACUCUGGAUAUAUUGGGGAGCAACUUGGCAACGCACUUACGGAUGUGCUCUUUGGAGAUUACAAUCCCAGUGCUAGGCUUUCAUAUACCUGGCCCAGACGAUAUGAAGACUCCUCUUCAUCCACAAGCUUUAUGGUCGAUAAAAGGUAUUCGUUAACGUAUCUUGACGAUAUUUAUAUGGGGUACCGCCAUUUUGAUCUUUGCAAGAUUGAGCCUCUUUUUGCGUUUGGCCAUGGGCUCUCUUACACAUCUUUCGAAUUUCGUGACCUUAAACUUGCAGUUGACGAGUCAAACAUUUCUGUUUCUUUGAAUGUCACUAAUACUGGCAAUACAGACGGUUCCACAGUUGUUCAGGUCUACGUUGCACCAAACAAAAGCUCGGUUCCAAGCCCUAUAAAGAGCUUGAAGGGUUUCCAGAAGGUUCACUGUGAAGCCGGAUCAAGUUGCAGUGUGAAAAUUGACGUAAACAAGAGAAUAGCCUGCUCUUACUACGAUACUAGUCUUUCUAAGUGGACUUUGGAAAAAGGCACUUUCGGUGUGUUGGUGGGCCCAUCAAGCGACAAACUUGAGCUUAAAAGUACUUUUGAGGUUGAAAAGACAGUGCAGUGGCUCUCACUUGAGGAAUUAUGA